AUGGCAGCAAGACACGAUCUGAAGUGGCCGCGGGUGUUGCUGUGGAGCUUAUGGCAGGGUCGGGGCCCUCCGCAGAGCCGGGUAUCGUGCGUAGGCUUCGAAGCGAGGACUUACUCGCGGGGCGACGGCCCGUACUCGCGCACGGCGCUGUACGAGCUGCUCGGCGUCCCCCCCACGGCCACGCAGGCGCAGAUCAAGGCCGCCUACUACCGGCAAAGCUUCCUCUACCACCCGGACCGCAACUCCGGGAGCGCCGAGGCCGCCGAGCGCUUCACGCGCAUCUCCGAGGCCUACGUGGUGCUGGGCAGCGCCACCCUGCGCCGCAAGUAUGACCGAGGCCUGCUCAGCGACAUGGACCUGCGCGGCCCCGGCGUCCGGCCCUCCAGGGCGCCCUCGGCGGACUCCGGCGCGGCCCGCGCCCCUUCGCCCGCCUCUCGCACCCACACUUCCGGCCAGGCCGCGCCGGGCGACAGCCGCACCAUGUUCAACUUUGACGCCUUCUACCAGGCGCACUACGGAGAGCAGCUGGAGCGCGAGCGCCGCCUCCGGGCCCGGCGGGAGGCCCUCCGCAAGCAGCAGGAGGACCGGGCGAAGAAGGGCUUCAGCUGGGACGAUAUCCGAGACACAAGUUUAGUCGUCCUUCUCCUCACAAUCUUCAUCGUCAUAGGCAUUCGUUCUUAA